AUGGCUCAUAUGGUUAUAGAACACGCCCAACACACUUCUGAUAUCUCAAUCAAUCUGAUACUUAACCAAGAAAAAGCAUACAAUUAUGUCUACCCUGAGUAUUUGAGAUUAGUUCUUCAAAAAUUCCGGUUCUCUGACACAAUAGUGCACUGUAUCUCACAAUUAUUUUUCUCUACAAAUAUCUUGAUCAAUGUCAACGGAUUUGGUCUGCCUAUUGACAAUCACACUGACCAAUCCCCACUGCUACCCCUCAAAUACUUAACUUAUGCAAAUGACAUUCUUAUAUUUUUUAAGACAUCAUCUGAUCUUGAUACUCUACACAGACACCUGAAAACUUAUUUCAGAGCCUCAAAUGCGCAAAUUAAGAUGCAUAAGGCACAAGCCUUAUACUUGUCUGAUAAUAUCUUAAAGAUUGUUAAGAUAAUUAUAUCAUACUGCCAGAACCUGCAAGCUAUCUGCCCCCAAACGCAAACCAAACAGUCCACCUUGUCAUAUCUGAUUGCUAAGCUGUUUUGGGUCCUUGAUAAUGCAACUGCUGAGCUCACGCAUUUUUUUUGGCGUGCUACUUUACCUCCCAAUGACUAUCCUGAAUUGCUACUGCCAGUUAACCUUUUGAUUAUAGAUUGCAAGCCAUUUGUUGGAGCCCUCCAAACUGGAUGUAAACACUUAUCUGACUUUGCAACCAACCGAUUUUGGGAGGCAUGCCGAGAUCACACUCAAUCUCCUCUUGUGCCCCUCCCAUUGCAAGCUAAACAAUGA